AUGGGUGUCAAAAUCGGCGUAUUCCCCGCCUCUGGGGCCCUUGGAUCAAGCAUUGUGAACCACCUAGCGAAACUAGUCCCAGUGUCCGACCUGGUUCUGGUUGCCCGAUACCCCGAGAAACUGCACGACCUCCAGCAAGCUGGCGCUAAGGUACGGAAGGCCGACUACGAUGAGCUAUCGACAUUAGACACAGCCUUCGAAGGUGUCGAUGUCUUGAUGCUGAUUUCAUAUGCGUCAUUCGAGAUAGAUCACAGGAUCAAGGCGCACCGUUUAGCUAUAAAUGCGGCCGUCAAGAGCGGUGUCAAGCACAUAUUCUACUCAUCUCUUGGGUUCGGCGGUGAUCUAACCGACCACAGCAUCGCUCAUGUGAUGGGUGCCCACAUCGAAACAGAGAAGUACCUCUCUUCCCUGCAAGACACGAUUUCCCGCACCAUAGUCCGCGAGGGUCUGUACACCGAAUCUUUCCCAAUUUAUACUUCGUUCUUCGAUCCACAGAAUCCAGCGGACGAUGUUGCGAUCCCUCAUCCGGGUUCAGGCCCAGGCGUGGCGUGGGUCAAGCGCGAUGAGCUGGGCGAAGCAACCGCCAAGUUGAUUGUCUCGUAUGUCAAUGAUCCGACCAGCUUCGAGUAUCUGAACAAGGCUGUUCUGCUCUCUGGGUCUCGGGAGAUCUCUCUUGCGGAGACGGUUGAGAUUAUCGGUCGGGCUAUUGGGCAACCGCUCAAGAUCCGUGAGAUCUCUGUCGAUGAGUAUGUGAAUCUUCCUCAGAUUGGUGAUAAGCAUACGUAUCAUGGGGUUGAUCUUUCGAGGGAGUGGGCUACGGCUUGGGAGGCUAUCAGGCGGGGUGAGACUGCAGUUGUGUCUCCGGCUCUACGUGAGAUCUUGGGACGUGAACCGGAGAACUAUGAAACUACUAUCAAGGCCUUGAUUGGAUGA